AACUGAGCUACACAAAAAAAAAAAAAAAAUAUAAACAAAAACAACAUGUGACUUUGGGCACUCGUCCCACUAGCGUCAUCACCGGCAGAAAAACGUACUGACUUGCUCCAUUCCGUGAGCUUCAACAGCUCCCUAUGCCAAUACACAGUGUGACGUCACAGAUUACCCUCCUUGUGAAACUCCAUGAGUGAGACGGAACUGAGCCGAGACGACCAUCGAACACAGCUAAUUUCAAAAAACGAUUAAAACGCCGCCCUAUAGCCGUCAUAUGUGAACUAUUUCUGCCAUAUCGCUAUGGCAUAGAACUUGGUCGAACAACUAUGCUAGUGGCCACAAGCCUUAACUUUACAAGAAGUUGCGAAAUCAUAACCUGUACAAAACGGUGCGGAUUUUUAAUGUUAUGACUUAUGCGUACUUAUUAUCAUAUAAUGUGUAAUGAUUAUAUAUUUUCAUCAUAAAAUAUGACGUGAUUAUGUAUUUUACAACGUUUUUUUUGUAUAUCGUAUUGGAAACUAAUGCAGAGUAAAAUUAAUUUCAAAGCUUUUUUGCAUAUGAAUCUAGCUUAUCAAUAUCAAUAUCAAUUAUAAUAAACGAAUAUUUAAAAGACUGUGAUAGAAUAAAUAAAUUUAAAAUAGUGAAAUGAACUACGAAUCAGAAAAAGUAGGUCUAGAUAGAAAAACUACUGAGCUACGUCUAACAUCAAAAAUUAGUCAACCUUGCUGUACUUCACAAUCACAACCAGGGAUAUCUCGAUCGGCUUCUCGGUCAUCUAUGAAUUGCAUGGAGCCUAUCUACAAAAACUCAAAUCACAAAAUGAGUAACGAUGUGCGUCGUGAAUCAGAUACAAGUGUCGUGUUGACAGAAGACACAGACAGCUUUAUAAUAGGAAAUAGAGUAUGGGUCGGUGGAACAAAACCUGGAUCUAUAGCUUACAUUGGAGAAACACAAUUUGCACCAGGCGAUUGGGCUGGGGUAGUACUAGAUGAGCCAAUUGGAAAGAACGAUGGAUCAGUUGCUGGCUCAAGAUAUUUUCAAUGUGCUCCUAAGCAUGGAAUAUUUUCACGUCUCACUAGGCUAACUUGUCACCCAUUAUCAGAAGCUGCUAUAAAUAUGUCGAACCAAAAAAAAAUUUUAUCUAUGUCACCAUCACUGAAUACAUCAACAACGAGUCUUUCGUCAUCAUUAUCACAUUAUCGUGAUCUGAAAAUUGGUGAUAGGGUGAUUGUGUCGUCAAGCCAGGGAAGUAAAACUGGUGUACUUAAAUACUUGGGCACGACUGAAUUUGCGACUGGAGAUUGGUGUGGUGUUGAAUUAGAUGAUCCAGUUGGGAAAAAUGAUGGUUCUGUUGCAGAUAUAAGAUAUUUCCAGUGUCCACCGAAACAUGGUCUGUUUGCUUUAGUACAAAAAGUAUCAAGAUCACCAUCAAGCAAACGUUCAUCUUUGUCUCUUCGCAAGCCAACUUAUGGAGCUUUGAAUACAUCAAUUACAAAAACAAGUUCCAGAGAAUCUUUGACUUCUUUAUCAAGUAUAACUAGUACAACUUCUAAUAAUAUCCGAGGAAAUAUAACUGGGCGGAAAGUUCGCCAACCUACAUCUAGCCAAAGUACACUCCAGGAAAAAUUAAAAGAAAAACAACAAGAAAUCGAUAUGUUACGAAAAGAAAGAAAUCUAGAGAGAGAAAGGAUUACAAAGUCUGCUAUCCAAGCUGAUAAUGCUGAACAGUCAAUAAGUGCAUUAAAACAAGAAUAUAGUAAGUAUCGAGAAGAGACGGAAAAAAUUAUUUUUGAUGCACAAUCGGCAAUGACGAAACUAUUAGAAGAAAAACAAAUAUUAAAUGUCCAAUUAGAAGAUGAGAAAAAAAAAUGUGAAGAUCUACUAUUCCGAUUUGAAGAAGAAUCAAUAAACAAUGAAGAUAUACAGAAAGAAAGAUCUAAACAAAAUGUUGUGAAUAUUGUACAUGAAAAUACAAUACAAGUAUUAGAAGGACAAUUAAAUGAAGAACGAAAGCGAAUCACUCAAUUGGAGUAUGAUAAUACGAAACUUUUCGAAGUCGAAGAAGAAUUGGCAACAUUACGCAGUGAAAAAAAAGUAUAUUCAGAGCUUCAAAGCGAAAAUCUUAGACUAAAUAAAGCUAAAAUUGAAUUAGAAAAACAAAUACUGGAACUUGAAAGUAAAAUUGCAGACUUGGAAAAUAACUUUCAAAAUAAAGAAUUAGAUAUUCAAAAUUCAAUGAUCGUCAAAAUAGAAAACUUACAACAAGCUAUCAAUGACAAAAGUGUAUUAUUAGAUAAAACUCACGAAGAACACCAAAGUCUUUCUGCAUCAAUGACUAUCGAAAUUGAAGAAUUACAACGAACUGUUUUAAAUCUUAGAAAUAAUGUUAAAGAAAAUGAAUUAAUCGUUAAUAAAUCUGAACAAAUAAUUGACGAAAAGAACAAAGAACUUCAGUUAAAAAAUGAUGAAAUUAAUAUUAUAUCAUUCAAUAUAAAAAAAUUUCAUGAACAAAUUGACUUAAAAGACAAAGAUAUUAAAAAAAUUACAGAAACAUUGCAGGAAAAAGUUGCUGAGCUUGAGAAAUAUGAAAAAAAAUUAUCUAAUAAAGAAGCAAUAUCGUUGGUCAAUGAAAAACCCCUAGAAAAUUUAGAAACUACAAUUGAAAAACUAAAAAACCAAUUAAAAAUUCUUGAUGAAGAGAAUUUGAAUAUUCGAAAUGAAUUGAAAAUAAAAAAAAAUCAAAUGACAAAAGAAAAGGAAAAUUUCAUGAAGAAUAUUGAUAAUUUAUCAACAAUCAAUACGAACUUUGAGAUACAAGUAUCUGAGCUUCAAAAUGUUAUAAAAUUUCAAAAUGCUGAGAAAUGUAAAUUAGAGAAAACUAUUAAAUCAAAUUCAGAUAAUCAACUCAAGAAAAUCGAUGAAAUUUCAACAGAAAUAGCUGCAAUAACUAUAAAAUUAAAUCUAGCUGAACAAGAAAACGUAGAAUUGAAAUCUCAAGUGACAUUGAAAGAUGAAGAAAUAAAAACUCUAUUAAAAAACAAUACAGAAUUGGAGGAUGCGAUAGCACUUGCACAACAGACUAUAACUAAUCUUGAAAACGAAUUGAAGGUUCAAGAUAAUAAUUUUAAAGAAAAAAAGGAAAGCUUAGCAUUUUCAAACAAAAAAAUCAAUGAAUUAAAUAUUGAAAAAUCACAAUUAGAAGCUAGAAUAUCGGCUAUUAUUUCUUCAUCAGCUAACUCAUCAGAACAAUUAGUAAAACACAAUGAAGAACUUACAUUAAAAGAUAUAAAAAUCGCUCAACAUCGUCAACAAAUUAGUCAACUUGAUAUUUUAAUUAAAGAAGCAGAUCAUAAAUUGCAUGAAAAAAAUAUCGAAUUAGAAUCCAGUUCUAAACAGAUAGAUGGUUUAAAAUGUGAAUUAUUACUUCGAAAAGAAAAUUAUAAAAAAUUAAGUGAUACGCUUUUAUCUAAAGAAAAUGAUAAUUCUCGAAUCAAUACAAAUCUCGAAAAGCAAAUAGAAAAUUUAAUCAAUGAGCGGGAGACAACGAAUGUCCAAAAUGCAGAUAAAAUGUCUGAGAUUACCAAAAAACUCGCAAUAUCUGAAAAUAAUUGUAAAGAAAGCCAAAAUGAAAUUGGAAAUCUAGAGAAAAAAAUUUUACUGUUUGAGACUAAAACUUCAAAUUUGGAAUUAGAACUAAAAAAUUUAAAUAAUAAAAAUGAAAAGUUUCAUUGUGAAAAUACAAAUAUUAUUCGGGAAUUAAGACAAAAAAUUGAAAUUCAAACAAACCUAUAUAGUGAUCUUGAAAAGAAAAAUUUAUUGUUAGAAGAUAAAAAAAAAAACCUUAGUGAUAAAAUUAGUACAGAAGAAAAAAAAAUUCAGGAACUUAAAAAUUUUGGUGAACAAAACGAAAUUGAAGUUGCAAAAAUAAAAGAAGAGUUACAUACAAUAAAAUCACAAUGCAAAAGUCUUCGCGACAAUAAUAAUCAACUUGAAUGUGAUGUAUUAUCACGAGAAAAUAUCAUAAAAAGUCUUAAUGAAGAAUUGGAAGCUCAAAAAAAUGAAAAUAUAAAUAUAACAACUAAAAAAGCUCAAUACGAAGAGAAAAUUAUUUCUCUUGUUGCUCAAAAUAAGAAACCUACGGCUAUACAGAUGGAUCUAAAAAAAAAUUUAGAGACAUCUGAAAAUAAAAUUCAACAAUAUGUAAAUGAAAUAAAAAAUUUAGAAGAAAAAAUUAGUAAAUUAGUCAAAGAUCAAUGCCGAUUGGAAAAAGAAAAUAGUCAAAUAAAUUUAACACUUCAAAAAGCAUUGGAUGAAUUAAAAAAAAAUAAAAAUAAUCAAAAUAAUAACAAUCAAUUAAAAUUUAAUGAAGCCAUUAAUGAUCACAGCUUGGAGAAAAUAAUCGAAGACAAUGAGACUUACAAGGGUCAAAUUGAUUUUUUAAACUCUGUUAUUGUUGAAAUGCAGAAAAAAAAUAAAACACUGCUUUGUAAAAUAGAAGUACUUGAAAUGAGAGUAUCGCCAGUUGAAGCAAUUGAUUUGAGUACAUUAGAAAACAAACUAUAUGCACAGAGAAUGUUUUGCGAUAUUUGCGAUCGAUUUGAUCUUCAUGAAACAGAAGACUGUCAUAUGCAAUCCCAAGAUUUUGAACAAGAAAAAUCAAUAAAAUUGCAAACACCUAGUAAAUCAACUGAACGGCCUUACUGUGAAAAUUGUGAAAUGUUUGGACAUGAUACAUCUAGUUGCGAUGGUGCUGAAACAUUCUAGUAAAAUCGUUUCUAAUACCGUCGAAAAUUUGAUUAUGAUUUUCGAGUCUAUUUUUUUUAUAACAGCUAUAUGAAUGUUAAAUACUUGUUUUAGAUUUUGAUUGUUAUAAGUUAUUACUAUUCAAUUAAACAGAGUAAAAAGAAAGUUUCAAACUUUUUGAAGAUUUGUACACCAACAUCAUACAUUCAAGUGUAUUUAUUUCAGCGUUAAAAAUCAGAAAUUAAAUAUCAUAAUGCUAUGUAUAUUAUAGAAUAUUGAUGAGAAUCGAAACUAGAAAAUAUAAAGAAACAAAAAAAAAAUAUCUGACUUGAAAUUUAGGAUUCAUAAGAGCCUCAAUUUUUUUUCUUUUCAUUUAAAUUUUUUAGUAAACAAAAGAUGUAGAAUAUAGAAAAUCAUAUCAUAAUCUUAAAGUAUGAAGCUGCUCAUGGUACAAUGGGGGCCAGAAGUGUAAACCUCUAGCAGAUGAUUUCUAAAAACAUGAUUUUUAUAAGUGCGAGAAGAACAAAGUAUUAACGUACAACGCAGCACAACGCUAGUAAACUUGAUAUGAUGAGAAUGUUAUGAAAUCUUGAGAUUAGGUAAAUAAAAUAUUAACGCCACUAAUGUGUCCUUAAAAUUAUAGGUAAUAAUAUUAGUUUUUUUUAAAUUAAUUAUUAAAGUAGGCCUGUUUUAGAGAGGUUAUACAUGGCUCUUAUGGAAGCAAGUGUAAAUAAAUAAUUCGAAAUAUAAACAAUAUGGUUAAAAAUGUUGACAUAUUUCCUAAAAACUACUGAAUAAUAAAAAAAAAUAUCAAGUUUUUUUUUAUAUCAAUAUUAUUGUGGCAAAUAAUAUUAGAUUUUCUGUAAUUAUAAAAACUAUCCACAAAAAAAUGAAAUUUCAUCAGGUUUAUCACUGUUUAUCACCAUCAGCGUCGAACAAGUAAUUCUCAAAAAGUAGGAAUUAAAACAUAACAUAUGAGGGGCUUUCUCAGUACAUGUACGCUGUUGCAAGCUGACUUUUUGCUGACUGCGCAUUCACCUGCGCAUGCUCAGUAAUAAACCCUCGAAAGAAAGCACCUAUUAAUGAAAAGAAUUUGAAAGCAAAUUACAAUUACUAAUUUACUAUCAUACGAAUAAUUAAAGUACGAUUACAAAGUGAUAGCGAGUGUAAAAUCUUGUUUUAUUGGAUUUGAUUAGUUUAUGAAUUCUUGAUACGAUUUUAUUCUUUGGGAUGCUAUUUUAAUUGAAUAAUGCUUCCUAGUAUGAAGUAUAAAAAUCAAAUAUAUAUUUAGUGAGGAAAUGUCAAAAAAUUAAUUUAUGCUCGUAUGUUAAUUUUGCGUGGAAUUAUUAAUACACUACGCACAUAAGUCAUAAUCGGUAUUCUUGUAAUUGAUAAACCAUUGGAUAAAAGAAGCUACAGGUAUUGCAUAUUGGAGAAUCUGUAGGUAUUUCAAUGACAAGUUUUUAGAGUUAGAAAUUAGUUUAAUUCUUAAUCUAAAUGCGUCAAAUGCAUUUGACUAUGUUAAUAAUGUAAAAUUAUUAAUUGUGGAUAAUGUUAGGUAUUAACGGAAACAAAAUUAGCAAACAGAACUUCCAUAAUCAAUUUGCUUAUGACAGUAAUUAAUCAAUGCUUAUAUUAGUAUUUUACUAGCAUGUUCUAGGGGAAUCAAAAGCGAGAUCUUUAUGAUUUCUCUGACGAAACAAGGUCAGUAGCGAAGAUAUUUUACUUCUGUUAGUAAAAUAGAAGUUUUAGACAUAAAAAUUUGAAUAUAAAUUCAAGAUUAACCAUAAAGAUUUUAAUUAUUUAUGAUUUGCUAAAAUAUUUUUAAAUGAAAACAACCUGUUAAUUUUUAAAGAA